GUCUCUGGCAAUAGAUGCAACACCAUGGCGGACAAAGCACAGAUACAAGAGGCGAUUAAAACACAGGGAGAAGUCGUGCGGAAACUAAAGGCAGAAAAAGCAAGCAAAGAACAGUGAUAGGGUUGCUCACCACUUUUCUCCUGUUCUUCCUGCUCGAUGCCAACAACCCUGCUGGGGUCAUACCUUCAUCUCCGUCCGUCAUCUACUUCCUCUACCUUACACGUCAACAUUUGGAAUCCAAACACUACGACUGGAUAUUCUUGGAUAAAACUGCGUUUGGAUUGGAUAACCCUACCGUCACCUGGCAUUCACGGACUGUGGUUAUUGGACAACAUGGCUUGGUGGACUUUGCCAUUGCACUGUAUUGCUGCUCUGAUGCUGCACUCCUGAACGGCCAUUUUGGUUGUUUUUGUUUUUCAUUUGAUUUUGUUUUGCUUUCCCCUGCUGGGAUGAUUAACCUGGGUAUGGCGUCCCUGCGUCUUUGUGCGGGGUUGGCGGGCCGUCGGUCUGGAUUUUGUGCCCGCUCUCUACGCACCCUCUCUGGGAUGACUGUGUCUCAGAUUGAUGAAGAAGUGGCCAAACUGCUAGAGCUGAAGGCUCAGCUUGGAGGAGAUGAAGGCAGACACCAAUUCACGCUCAAGACCGCAAAGGGAACCAGGGACUAUAACCCUAAGCAGAUGGCCAUCAGAGAGAAAGUCUUCAACACCAUCAUCAGCUGUUUUAAACGCCAUGGAGCCGAGAACAUCGACACACCCGUCUUUGAGCUGAAGGAAACGUUGACAGGAAAGUAUGGUGAGGAUUCUAAGCUCAUCUACGACCUGAAGGACCAAGGAGGAGAGCUGCUGUCCCUUAGAUAUGAUCUCACUGUGCCUUUCGCCCGUUACCUGGCCAUGAACAAGGUCACCAACAUCAAGCGCUACCACAUUGCCAAGGUCUAUCGCCGUGACAACCCCGCCAUGACCCGCGGCCGCUACAGGGAGUUCUAUCAGUGUGAUUUUGACAUUGCAGGCCAGUACGACCCCAUGAUCCCAGACGCUGAGUGCCUGAAGAUCGUCCACGAGAUCCUGAGUGAGCUGGAGCUGGGAGACUUCCGCAUCAAGGUUAACGACAGACGUAUUCUAGACGGAAUGUUUGCAGUGUGUGGAGUUCCGGAUGACAAGUUCCGCACCAUCUGCUCCACAGUGGACAAACUGGACAAGAUGUCUUGGGAGGAUGUGAGGAGUGAAAUGGUGAAGGAGAAGGGUCUGUCUGAGGAAGCAGCCGAUCAGAUUGGACAGUAUGUCAGCUUGCAGGGGGGGAUGGACCUAGCUGAGCGCCUGCUGCAGGAUGCUAAGAUGUCACAGAGCAAGCAGGCGUGUGCCGGCCUCACAGACAUGAAGCAGCUCUUCAGCUACCUGCAGCUCUUCCAGGUUACAGACAAGGUGGUGUUUGACCUGAGUCUGGCCCGUGGGUUGGACUACUACACAGGUGUGAUUUAUGAGGCCAUUCUGACCCAGACCGGCCCGGUCCCAGUGGCGGGAGCCCAGAACGGGGCGGGCGAGAAGGCUGAGGAAGGUGUGAGCGUGGGCAGCGUGGCGGGCGGCGGGCGCUACGACGGCCUGGUGGGCAUGUUCGACCCCAAGGGCAGGAAGGUGCCGUGUGUGGGGGUCAGCAUCGGCAUCGAGAGGGUCUUCUCCAUCAUGGAGCAGAAGGCUGAGGCAUCGGCGGAGAAGGUGCGAACCACAGAGACUCAAGUCAUGGUGGCCUCGGCACAGAAAAACCUUCUGGAGGAGAGACUCCGACUGACCGCUGAACUGUGGAACGCUGGGAUCAAGGCAGAGGUGAUGUAUAAGAAGAACCCCAAGCUGCUGAGCCAGCUGCAGCACUGUGAGGACUCUGGGAUCCCCCUGGUGGCGAUCCUAGGGGAGCAGGAGCUCAAGGACGGGGUGGUGAAGCUCCGAACGGUCCACAGCCGAGAGGAGAUUGACGUGUCCAGAGCUGAACUAGUGGAGGAGAUCAAGAGAAGGACCUCAGUCGUCUAAGUCAUGGUUUUGCCUGACAACACCCCGCCUCAUCAUCCGAUUGGCUCAAGAAGUUGUUUACCACAGGUCUCCCCGCUGACCACCCAAAGCCCUCAACAUGCCAACCAAGAUCAUCUCGUCUCAACUGCAGAAGAUUGCCCAAUAGUUUCACUUGUCCAGGCCUUGCAUAUUAGUGGUCUCAAAAGGCAGUGGUUUCGUGCCGACUACCCAGACACCUGCGUACCCUCAAGGACGAGGAACAUUGAUAACGUACAUAAGACAAUAGUAUGACAUGGGUAACAUUGCAAUAGUCACUGUAUUAGUCUUAGCGCUAAAGGUUGAUCUGCCUAUAUAGGAAAUAUGAAAAUGCCUGUCCUAUCAGCAUACCAAUAAACGGAUAUUUACCUCCACCUUAAGAGAUUGAUUUACAACAGGUGUAUCCAACAGCAGAUUACAAUUUAAUGUGGACUGUUGUGUUUUAGAAAACCUACUUGAAUAACUAAAACUAGAAACUGUCAAAUUACAAUAGUAAAAACAUUGGUCUGCAAUAAAUUACUGAAACAAAUGCUA